CGCUGUUGACGGAUUACGAUACUCUUGCAUGCUUAAAGUUGCAAUACCCAGCUCAAAGUAAAAUAAAAGCCAACAAAACUUACACGUAGUUAUAAUCGAACGCGGAAUCGUGAAUAUCCCUGUAAAAAUUCAUCAAGCAAUAGGUAUAAAUCAGCUUAGAUGUCAGCAAAUCUAUCUUUAUGGUUUAACUUUUCACUUACAUGCGUGAGUAACAAUGAAUUUUCAUCGAUGACUCAAAAAUAGAUUUCUCCAUAUGCUCGUUACUAGCCAGAGUCCACGAAAGGGGAAAAUAAGUGUACUCUCCGGAAAAUUAUGAGAACUGGCAACGUUGCUUGGAUGUACCAACUCCACUACACCACGGACGAAGUCACCAAGGCGAGCUUGAUUUUCACAAACAUUUUCCGAGGACGGAACGAUGCAGGACCUGCUGUGUUUGUCAACAGUGCGAAAAUCGUAGCGGCCGUUAUUACUGAUUUUACGAUAUGGAAGUGAUACCUACAGGGACUUCUAGGCUCUUUUUUAUUUCUUCAGUGGAAAAUAAAGAUGAUUUAGAAGAGAAACUCGAGCGAAGUUACCAAUUUCUUCAAAAUACAACAGCUGGUCUCAGCGACAAGGAUGCCCACGAGGCUCUCAAUAAGGCCCUACUCAAAGAAAAAGGUUAUGAGGAAGUAUCAUUUGGACUUUUGGUAACAAUUUUAACUGAACCUCCAAAUGCAGCAAAAAGUUAUAGGGACUUAACAUUAAUUACCCGUGAUGGGUUUGGACUCAUAUUAACAAAUUUAUCACAAUUAGUGCUCGACAGGUAUUUACGUUUUAAUGAUAUAGUGAAGCAGCAAUUGAUAUGGCUCCUUCGAGAAAUGAUAAAGAAUGCAGUGACCAAUGUGGAUAAUUUGGUGUGGAACCUGAUGCGACAUGCAGCAGGUGGUGAUGUAUCUUCUAAAAAUAUUACGCUUAUUGAAUCACUUCUUGAUGUUUUCAUAGAGUAUAGAAAUUGGCUAGAAAAAUUUCCACUCUUAAUAGCAUCUGUAGUCUAUACAUAUUUAAGAUUAAUAGAAGAUCACAAUGCGCCUUACCUAGUGAAUUUGCGACAGAAAGAAGUUAGUUUUUUAAUCAGUAUAAUGCGAGAACAUUUUCACGAGUGCUUGGUCAUCGGAAGGGACUUAGUAAGACUGCUACAGAAUGUUGCAAGGAUACCAGAAUUCGAACAGCUUUGGAGAGACAUUCUGUUAUCUCCGAAAACUUUAUGUCCUACUUUCAAUGGGGUGUUGCAACUGCUACAAAAUCGAACUUCACGUCGGUUUUUACAAUCGAGAUUGACUCCAGAGAUGGAAAGGAAGCUGGUUUUUCUUACUUCCCAGGUACGUUUCGGAAAUCAUAAGAGAUAUCAGGACUGGUUCCAACGUCAAUACUUGGCUACGCCUGAAUCACAAAGCCUUCGAUGUGAUAUUAUACGCUUCAUUGUUGGUGUCAUUCAUCCAACAAAUGAACUACUCUGCUCGGAUAUAAUCCCUCGUUGGGCAGUGAUUGGCUGGUUGUUAACAACAUGCACAUCAAGUGUUGCCGUAUCAAAUGCAAAGCUGGCUUUGUUUUAUGACUGGCUCUUUUUCGAUAGUGAGAAGGAUAACAUCAUGAAUAUCGAACCUGCCAUACUGGUUAUGCACCAUUCGAUGCGCUCUCACCCUGCAGUUUCAGCCACUCUGUUAGAUUUCCUUUGUCGAAUAAUAUCAAAUUUCUAUCCACCUCUAGGAGACAAAGUUCGAGCCGGAAUUUUCACCUCUCUUAGACAAAUUUUGGAUAAAAGAGUACUACCAUCUCUACUGCCUUUAUUUGAUAACUCUAAGCUGGACAGGGAGUUGAGGAAUAUGGUUCAGGAAACUUUCAGAGAGUUCUGCCAUGUGAUGCCUUCAGAAUCGUCAUCAAAGGAACCUUUCAAUAUUCAAAACUCUGUUAAAUUUGAAGAUUCUGACUCUGUUGACUCUCGAAUGGCAGCAGUUCUUAACAACCACAUUCUCGAUAAUGACCCUGCCUUUAGUGACGACGAGGAAGAGCCAAGUUUGAGAAUAACCACCAGUCUGGAAUAUGACACGGACGACGAUGAUAUUCCUUUGUCUAAAGUGAGACUUAAGGAGAAAAGCGACAAGUCUGAUGACAGUUUGAUAGAGGGGCCUAUAGGGGAAACUUUGGUGAAACUUCAGAAUGAAACUAACUCUGAUGAAAGAAUUGAACUAGCCGAUAAAUUAAUGGAGCAACUGAUUGAUAUGGAAGAAGACGAUGAGAACUUACCAGCUAUAGCAAAAUCUCUGGUAAACUGUGUUAAAGAUGACAUCAAGGGGGAUAUAUUUCCUGACGUGUUAACUGAAGAAAAUCUGAUGGAAAGUAUCAAAUCUCCGCUCUUCACUUUGUUCAAAACACUUUACGGUUUUAAUAAGGAUGAGUUAGGGAAAGAUGUGUUAUAUAAAGUAGCGGCAGAAAUGCAUCCUGAACUGCCAAGCAUGGGAUACUUACUCCUGUAUUAUCUCAAAGUUAAAAAGUGGUCAGAAAACAAGAAAGAAGACCAUUCUGUAGCCAGUGCACUCAAAAUAAGUGUCUACAAGGAUUUCUGUCAAAGCAUAGAAAAGAAAAUAGACAUUUGUAUUUAUGAUGACUUAUUCGCGUGUCACGUGGCCGACACAGAACUGAUGAUUUGGAUAGUGCCGGAUUUGUAUAGGGACUUCAAACAACAGACUCUAAAUAAUGCUCAAGUAUUGAGAGUGAUAAUAUCCGCUAUAGACGCUAGCCAAUUACAGACUUUAACGGGUAAAGUGCUACAGGGACAUCUCAUUAUGUUCAAAGCGGAAAACAUAAAUUCGGUGUUGAAAAACAGUUUGAUGUGGGAGAGUAUCGAGCAGUUUUUCUUAUGGCAGUUGGUCAAUGCCCACGAUAUCUCAAUAGACGCGGUCCUGCCUUUGAUUACCGAACUAGAUUAUUACCAACAUUCUGAGGCCUUGACGGCUAUCACCCUCAUGCUCAAGCAAGAAAAACCAAAUGCAGAUUAUAUCAAAUAUUUAUUUUCUAGAGACAUUUGCGAUCACGGUGAUUUAUUUGUGUUUACUAUUAUAAAAUAUUGGUGUGACGAGUAUAUAGACAAAGUUGCCGAACUGAUAUCUUCCCUUCUAAGUACGAGGUACCCUUCAACAUCUCCCAACAAGCGAAAACGGUCUGGUAGUAAUAAAACUUUGAGUGCGACAGUACCAAGUGCCGAUCAGGUACUAGGACAUUUAGAAAUACUGCGUAUUAUUUGUGAAAAACAUGACUGUAUGGCGAUUUAUACUUUGGAUUCCAUGCAGAGAGCUCUCAGUAUUGCCCAUAACAAUAGUAACGACAGUCAGAGAAAACAGUUCAGUAAACUGUUUGCGUUAAUGGAGGAAGAGGAAGAGAUUAGUGCGACAAAAAGGUCUCAAGGAAGAGGCAGGAAACCAGCAAAUAAGAAUAUCAUUGCUAGCAAAAGGCAGACGGUUCGAGAGAUAUCAGAUUCUUCCGAAGAAAGUAGUGAGGAAGAAGAAAUUGUAAAGCCAAAACAAGCGAAGAAAAGGAAAAAAGUUAUGUCAGACAGUGAUUGACGGAAGCAACUUUCAAGGGGUACCUUUUUUUUGGUAUACGUUGAAUAUUAUGAAAUGUCGGUCAUAUCCAAAAUGCGAGAGAUUCAAGCAGGUAUGGAAGGAAAGGUGAUGAAGAAACACUGCCCUCGCCAUCAAAAAGGCAAUGAAUUGUCCUUGAAAAGAAAAUCUUUUACGUACCUUUAAAGUUGUUGACAUGUUAACGCACAUAUCACCGGUAGUUUUGCAUCACAAUUCUUUUCGCAUAAUUCUCAUGGAGUAGCUUUUGUGAAAGGGGUUCACCAAGUAAUAUGAGACAUAGAGGGGAAUAUAGUCCAUCAUGAUUUCUUGUUUUUCGAUGACACCGCGGAAAGCUUUUGAAAUAGUAAUGAAAUGCGUCGGCUGUAUUGACAGUGUUAGAUGGCAUAGUACUGAUUUUUGAACUGAAAGAGAAAGUCUAGAAGAGAUAUCGUAGCAUUGUUCAUGUGGAGUCCUAAAUUGUGAAGUUGUUAAUCAUGGCUGAAACCAAACCCGUACCUUCGAAAUUUCAAUUGAAAAAUUUGGCAUUUUUCAAUUUGAUAAGAAUUCCUUUUUGUUCAAUGAAGUUUUCAUCAGAUUCAUUGAUAAAUUCUAAACUAUCAAUUUGGCAGCCAACUUUGGUUAGCCAAAAUGGGGAAAACAUAUAAUAAUGUAUUCAUCCUGUAAGAUUACAUGUGAUAUAAUAAAAGCAGUAAAAAGGUCUUACAUUAGAACAUUUUAAUUUUUUUUUAAUUGGGUAUAUUUUUAGGACAGAUUCAUUUUUGAGAAAGAAAUGUUUUGGCUUUCUA